AACCCCCCUCCCCCUCUUUGACAUUUGCGGCUGCUGGAGUGAAAACUAUUAAAAACCACGAGCAGCGAGGCUGUUCACUUUGGGAGUUUGAGGGAUAAAUAGACAGUGAAGAAUGGAGUUUGAGUCAAAAUAACUUUGUGUGAAGUUAUGAAGAAUAACCAGUGGUUUGGCUGUCAGCUAGCUCGUUAGCCUGAGUAUUGCAGCAGCAGCAACAACAUCAACAACAACAACAACGACUGAGCUGAUGUUCGUUAUCUGUAGUGACUUUGGCUGACACGAGGAAUCCACAUUUGUUUCACAUGGAUUACACAUCACUGUAUCCUUCAUAUUUUUGGGAGGAUGUCUGUAAAUGCUCCCAUUUGCAGUUUUGGGAUUAAUCCUAUGGAUAUUGUUGCUACUGUGGAGGAUUAAUACCAAGACAGUAGCGAUGCCACUGAAAGGAGAUGAAUCUCCGUCUGGCUGUGGUCUGCCUCCUGCCGAGGAGGACGCGCCCGCUACACAAUCCCCUCAUCCAGGCGAAUAUUCCCUGUCAACAGUUCCUACUACCUCAACCCACAAUGAGGAUAACAGGGCCUCUGUGGGUCUUAAAGUCAAAACACUGGACGCUGAGGCUUUGCAGGUGUCCUCUGAGGGAAAAUCAGAAAAGCCAUCAUUGCUACCGACCACCCAGAAACCUUUCAAAACCAAAGUGCCAAUGCUCAGCUCAGGGCCCGAGGCGAGGGAACGCCUCAAGUUCAUUCUCGGAGCAUCAGAGGAUAACUCUUCAGACGAGGAACCUCUGGUCACCAAACCUCCAAGGGGCGCAUCUCAGCCACCGACCUCCGUCCCCAGAUCUUCUCCUCAGCAGACGUCCUCUGUAGUUCCACAGUCCAGCUCCUCAAGCAUCAAGUCUAGCAUGUCUGGUCUUCACUUGGUGAAAAAAGGACGUGAACACAGAAAGAUGGAUCUGCAGAGGGACUUCACUGUGGCCUCUCCUGCUGAGUUUGUCAUCCGAUUUGGUGGCAACCGGGUCAUCGAAAAAGUGCUGAUAGCUAACAAUGGGAUAGCCGCAGUCAAAUGUAUGCGUUCUAUCCGUCGCUGGUCCUACGAAAUGUUUCGCAAUGAAAGGACCGUCCGUUUUGUUGUCAUGGUAACCCCUGAAGACUUGAAAGCUAAUGCAGAAUACAUUAAAAUGGCAGAUCAUUAUGUGCCUGUACCCGGUGGGCCCAACAAUAACAACUACGCCAACGUAGAGCUGAUAGUGGACAUUGCUAAAAGAAUCCCAGUGCAGGCUGUGUGGGCUGGUUGGGGUCAUGCCUCAGAAAAUCCCAAACUGCCCGAGCUGUUGAACAAAGCAGGAAUAUCAUUCUUAGGGCCGUCCAGUAAGGCCAUGUGGGCUCUCGGGGAUAAGGUGGCUUCUUCCAUUGUGGCUCAGAGUGCUGACAUUCCCACACUACCAUGGAGCGGAUCAGGUCUGAGAGUGGACUGGGCAGAGGAGGACCAAACACUGGGCAAUGUAAUCAGUGUUCCUCCAGAGGUCUACACAAAGGGCUGCGUUCAGGAUGUAGAUGAUGGGCUGGCAGGGGCUGAGAGAAUUGGUUAUCCGGUUAUUAUCAAGGCCUCUGAGGGUGGAGGUGGAAAGGGUAUACGGAAAGUAGAAAGUUCUGAGGAUUUUCCAAGUUUCUUUAGACAGGUUCAGACAGAGGUGCCUGGCUCACCUAUCUUCAUCAUGCAGCUGGCUCAGCAUGCGAGACACCUUGAGGUUCAGAUACUUGCUGAUGAGUAUGGAAAUGCCAUCUCUCUUUUUGGACGAGAUUGCUCCAUCCAGAGAAGGCACCAGAAGAUCAUCGAGGAGGCGCCUGCCACCAUAGCUGCUCCCUCAACAUUGGAGCAAAUGGAACAGUAUGCUGUGCGACUGGCCAAGAUGGUGGGCUACGUGAGUGCAGGCACUGUGGAAUAUCUCUUCUCUGAAGACGGAAGUUUCCAUUUCCUGGAACUGAAUCCUCGCCUGCAGGUGGAACAUCCCUGUACAGAGAUGAUCGGAGAUGUAAACCUGCCUGCUGCCCAGCUUCAGAUUGCGAUGGGCAUCCCCCUUCAUAGAAUUAAGGACAUCCGCUUGCUUUAUGGAGAAACUCCGUGGGGCGACACCAUCAUUAACUUUGAGACUCCUGACUGCAUGCCAAGUCCAAGAGGGCACGUCAUAGCUGUUCGGAUCACCAGUGAGAACCCUGACGAGGGGUUCAAGCCCAGUUCUGGCACUGUGCAGGAGCUGAACUUCCGCAGCAGUAAAAAUGUCUGGGGUUAUUUCAGUGUGGGGGCAACUGGUGGCCUGCAUGAAUUUGCAGACUCCCAGUUUGGACACUGUUUCUCCUGGGGCGAGAACCGUGAAGAAGCCAUUUCGAACAUGGUGGUGGCUAUGAAGGAGCUGUCCAUCAGAGGUGACUUCAGGACCACGGUUGAAUACCUCAUUAAGUUACUAGAGACAGAAAGCUUCAGAAACAAUGACAUCGACACUGGCUGGCUGGAUCAUCUCAUUGCAGAGAAAGUGCAGGCGGAGAGACCAGAUACCAUGCUGGGUAUUGUUUGUGGUGCUUUGCAUGUUGCUGAUGCAAGCUUCCGAAAGAGCAUGUCUGACUACCUACAUUCACUGGAGAGAGGCCAAGUACUGCCUGCAGCCAGUCUCCUCAACUCUGUCAGUGUGGACCUAAUAUAUGAAGGAGUCAAGUUCUGCCUCAAGGUGGCUCGCCAAUCCCCAACAACAUAUGUCAUCAUGAUGAAUGGCUCCAACAUCGAGAUAGAUGUCCAUAGGCUGAGUGAUGGUGGCCUCCUGCUGUGCUAUGAUGGCAGCAGCCACACCACCUACAUGAAAGAGGAAGUGGACAGCUACCGCAUCACUGUUGGCAACAAGACUUGUGUAUUUGAGAAGGAGAAGGAUCCCACGGUGCUGAGGUCGCCUUCUGCUGGUAAACUGCUGCAGUACAUGGUUGAGGAUGGAGGCCACAUUUGUGCAGGAGAGACAUACGCAGAGAUUGAGGUGAUGAAGAUGGUGAUGACUUUGACUGUGCAGCAGUCUGGUUGUGUCCACUUUGUCAAGAGACCUGGAGCAGUUCUGCAGCCUGGCUGUGUGGUGGCACAUAUAGACCUGGAUGACCCCAGCAGUAUACAUCGGGUGGAGCUCAACACAGCCAUACUGCCACCCCAGCAGCCACUGCCCAUUGUUGGGGGAAAACUUCAUCAGGUGUUUCACAGCGUGCUGGAAAACUUGGGUAAAGUCAUGGACGGCUACUGCCUUGAAGAGCCCUACUUCAGCAGCAAGCUGAAACAAUGGGUGGCUACCCUGAUGAAGACUUUAAGGGACCCCUCGCUGCCACUGAUGGAACUCCAGGAGAUUAUGACGAGUGUGGCGGGUCGCAUUCCUCCUGGCGUGGAGAAAGAUAUCCGUAAAGUCAUGGCCCAGUACGCGAGCAACAUCACCUCUGUCCUCUGCCAAUUCCCCAGCCAAAGGAUUGCAAAUAUUCUAGACAGCCAUGCAGCAACUCUACAGAGGAAGGCUGACCGAGAGGUGUUCUUCAUGAACACUCAGAGUAUCGUUCAGCUGGUACAGAGGUACCGCAGUGGAAUUCGUGGCUAUACGAAGUCUGUGGUUCUCGAUCUGCUCAAGCGAUAUCUGCAAGUAGAGAUACAGUUUCAGCAAGCUCACUAUGACAAGUGUGUGAUCAACCUGAGAGAGCAGCACAAACCUGACAUGAGUCCUGUGCUGGAGUACAUCUUCUCUCAUGCCCAGGUCCCCAAGAAGAACAUCCUAGUCACAAUGCUCAUAGACCAACUUUGUGGAAGGGAUUCCACGCUAGCAGAUGAGCUGAUGGCCAUUCUGAACGAGCUCACGCAGCUUAGCAAGAUGGAGAACUCAAAGGUGGCACUGAGAGCCAGACAGGUCUUGAUUGCCUCCCAUUUACCAUCAUACGAACUGAGGCACAACCAGGUGGAGUCCAUCUUCCUGUCAGCCAUUGAUAUGUAUGGCCACCAGUUUUGUCCAGAAAACUUGAAGAAACUCAUUCUCUCCGAAACCUCCAUUUUUGAUGUUUUGCCCAAUUUCUUCUAUCACUCCAAUCAAGUUGUCUGCAUGGCUGCCUUGGAGGUGUAUGUGCGCAGAGCUUACAUCGCCUAUGAGCUGAAUAGCAUCCAGCAUCACCAGCUGCAGGAUGGAACAUGCGCUGUAGACUUCCAGUUUAUGCUACCGUCAUCACAUCCGAACAGAGGGAGCAGCCCUACUCUGAACAGGAUUCCUGUGCCAGUGAGUGGAUCAAGCCAGUUUAAAAUGAGGCGGCAGAGUAGUGAGCUCUUCAUGGAGGAAGCCUGGUCUCCACCCUGCCAGCGAAUGGGCGCCAUGGUGGCUUUCCAGUGUUUUGACGACUUUAAAAGGAAUGUUGAUGAAGUUCUCGCCAGCUUUGCAGAACCACUCUUGGAGAGUGCUCCGUUCUCAGAGUCCUGCUCCAGUCUCUAUGAGGAGGAGAACUUCAAGAAUAUGAAGGAGAACCCAAUCCACAUCAUUAAUGUGUCCAUAAAAACAGCAGACACAAAAGAUGACGAUGCUUUGGUUACAGCCUUCACUGCCUUUGCCCAGUCAAAGAAAGCUGUCCUCUUUGAGUGUGGAAUCAGGAGAAUCACAUUUUUGAUUGCACAGAAGAGAGAAUUUCCCAAGUUCUUCACUUUCAGAGCUAGAGAUGGGUUCCAGGAGGAUCGUAUUUACCGUAAUCUGGAGCCAGCUUUAGCGUUUCAGCUGGAGCUGAACCGCAUGAGGAACUUUGACCUGACAGCCGUUCCCUGUGCCAACCACAAGAUGCACCUCUACCUCGGUGCUGCUCGUGUGCAGGAGGGGGCUGAAGUCACAGACUACCGCUUCUUCAUACGAGCUAUUAUCCGCCACUCAGAUCUCAUUACAAAGGAAGCUUCCUUUGAAUACCUUCAAAAUGAGGGAGAACGUCUUCUGUUGGAGGCCAUGGAUGAGUUGGAGGUGGCCUUCAGUAACACCAGUGUCCGCACAGACUGCAACCACAUCUUCCUCAACUUCGUACCCACUGUCAUUAUGGACCCCUCUAAAAUAGAGGAGUCUGUUCGCUCCAUGGUGAUGCGCUACGGCAUCCGUCUUUGGAAGCUGCGGGUCAUGCAGGCUGAGCUGAAGAUCAACAUCCGUCUGACACCAACUGGGAAUGCCGUUCCUAUCCGCUUGUUUCUUACUAAUGAGUCUGGCUAUUACUUGGACAUCAGCCUGUACAAGGAGGUCACUGACCCAAGUUCUGGACAGAUCAUGUUCAAGUCAUAUGGAGAUAAGCAGGGUCCUCUGCAUGGCAUGCUGAUCAACACUCCGUAUGUGACCAAAGACCUGCUGCAGGCCAAGCGCUUCCAGGCUCAAACUCUGGGGACUACAUACGUAUAUGACUUCCCCGAGAUGUUCAGACAGGCACUGUUUAAGCUGUGGGGUCCAGGGGACAAACACCCUAAAGACGUGCUGAUGUGCACCGAGCUGGUUCUGGACCCUCAAGGUCGACUCGUGCAGAUGAACCGCCUGCCUGGAGACAAUAAUGUGGGAAUGGUUGCAUUCAGGAUGAAGAUGAAGACUCCAGAGUACCCAGAGGGCAGAGAUAUCAUUGUCAUCUGUAAUGACAUCACUCACAUGAUCGGCUCAUUUGGUCCUCAAGAGGAUGAGCUGUUCCUCAGGGCGUCUGAGUUGGCUCGUGCUGAGGGCAUCCCCCGCAUUUACAUAGCAGCCAACAGUGGAGCGCGCAUUGGCCUCGCUGAAGAGAUCAAACACAUGUUCCAGGUGGCCUGGAUUGACCCCGCUGACCCCUACAAGGGUUUCAAGUACCUUUACCUGACACCGCAGGACUACACACGUAUCAGCUCCACCAAUGCUGUUCACUGUCACCAUGUAGAGGAAGGUGGAGAGUCCAGGUACAUCAUCACUGACGUCAUCGGGAAGGACGAAGGUCUUGGGGUUGAGAACCUGCGAGGUUCUGGCACCAUUGCUGGAGAAUCCUCUCAGGCCUAUCAGGAGAUUAUUACAAUUAGUAUGGUGACAUGUCGCGCUAUAGGAAUCGGAGCCUAUCUGGUCCGUUUGGGACAGAGAGUGAUUCAGGUGGAAAACUCUCACAUUAUCCUGACUGGAGCAGGCGCUCUUAACAAGGUUUUGGGCAGAGAGGUCUAUACUUCCAACAACCAGCUGGGAGGGAUCCAGAUCAUGCACAAUAAUGGAGUCACACACAGCACUGUGCCAGAUGACUUUGAGGGCGUCUUCACCAUCCUCCAGUGGCUCUCCUAUAUGCCAAAGAACAAACACUCCCCUGUGCCUGUUAUAGCAACUACAGAUCCAGUGGACAGAGAGAUAGAAUAUACUCCUACAAAAGCACCGUAUGACCCCCGCUGGAUGCUGGCCGGGAGACCUCAUCCAACGGGGAAAGGUGCCUGGCAGAGUGGUUUCUUCGACCACGGCUCUUUCAUGGAGAUCAUGGGGUCUUGGGCUCAGACAGUGGUAGUGGGCAGAGCACGGUUAGGAGGAAUUCCACUUGGUGUCAUUGCUGUUGAAACACGCACAGUUGAGUUCACAGUCCCGGCAGAUCCAGCAAACCUGGAUUCAGAAUCCAAAGUUCUGCAGCAGGCUGGCCAGGUGUGGUUUCCAGAUUCAGCUUUUAAAACGGCUCAGGCGAUUUGUGACUUCAACCGUGAACAUCUGCCUCUCAUGGUGUUUGCCAACUGGAGGGGCUUCUCUGGUGGAAUGAAGGAUAUGUAUGACCAGAUACUGAAGUUUGGGGCCUAUAUCGUGGACGCCCUGCGUGAGUUCCGACAGCCGGUGCUGGUGUACAUCCCACCACACGCUGAGCUGAGAGGAGGCUCAUGGGUGGUGAUAGACCCCACCAUCAAUCCACUGUGUAUGGAGCUCUAUGCAGACAGGGAGAGCAGAGGUGGUGUGCUGGAAGCUGAGGGUACAGUGGAGAUCAAAUUCAGGAGGAAGGACCUACUGAAGACUAUGAAAAGACUAGAUUCAGUCUAUGCUAGUCUUGUUGAGCAGCUUGGUAAAGCUUCCCCAGAGCUGUCUGACAAACAGUGCCUAGAGCUGGAGUCAAAGCUCAAAGCAAGGGAGGAAUUCCUGUUGCCCAUCUACCACCAGGUGGCAGUGCAGUUUGUAGAUCUCCAUGACACCCCAGGCAGGAUGCAGGAGAAGGGUGUCAUUACUGAUAUUUUGGAUUGGAAGAAUGUGCGGACCUUCUUCUACUGGCGUCUGCGGCGCCUCCUGUUGGAGCAGGUGGUGAAGUGUGAGAUUCUUCAGGCCAACAAGGACCUCAGUGAUGGACACAUGCAGUCCAUGUUGCGACGCUGGUUUGUUGAAACAGAAGGAACAGUCAAGGCCUACCUGUGGGAUAAUAACCAAGCAGUAGUUGAGUGGCUUGAGAAGCAUUUGUCUGAGGAGGAUGGCACUCGAUCAGCCAUCCAAGAGAACAUCAAGUACCUGAGAAGAGAAAACACUUUGAAACACAUCCGCAGCCUGGUGCAAGCCAACCCUGACGUAGCCAUGGACUGCAUCAUCCACAUGAGCCAUAUUAUCACUCCAUCGCAGAGGGCCAAGCUCUCGCAUCUGCUUGCAACUAUGGACAGCACCAGCACCAGUUAAGCUGAGAGGCGUAUCGGGUUAUAUUAUUAAAAAGAACAAAAACCUCUGUUCUAGUUAAAAUAAAGUUUGUAUUAUUAAUUGAUUGUACUGUAGGUAAAGAGGUGGAAAAUGUAAAGCUAAAGGGGGACUUAUAAUGCAUACAUGCACAAAGUGACUUAUUCCUGAGUGAUCACAAAACCACUACUGUGCUCUGUCUGUUGUAAACAUUGCUGCGUCUUUGCUGGGAUGUCAUAAUCUGUUCCACUCCUGACUGACAGGCAGAGAGUUUGUAUUUAACAUUUGUAAGGUAAGCAGUCAGUCAUUUCAGCUGCUCAGUCCAGGAACUUUCUGGUUCACAAACUAUGAUUGUAACACACAUUUCACUUGGCUGUACUUGUACAUAAAGGUGGGUCAGUGUUAAAUUCUGCCUCUGUGCAGUCUAUUGAGGCCAGAGUUACAGUAUAAAAGCUUCAUGAAGUGGCAGACUUUGUAUUUAGGUGCUGGUUGUCAUGUUCAGUUAAAUAAAGAAUUUGUGUUCAUCUUUGAAUGUAGCUUGGACAACUGAUCAAUUCUUUGAUCAAUUUUCAAAUAAAACAAAAAUCAAAUAUUUCUGAGUCAGAAAAUGGUGAGAUCAAUCCAUUCUUUUUUAUUUCUGAUUUGGCUAAAAAUAUGAAUUUAUAUACUAGUAUUGUAAUGCAGAAAUGCAAAUUAAGAAGCAGAUGAAUUUUUUUCCAAUAAGCAGUUUCGUGAGUGCAGUUGUGUCAUUUCACUGUUGACUCAGUCGUCCAUCUUUUCAUCGUUACUUUCAGUCUGUUUAUGUGUCUCUAUGCUGUAGUGUUUUGUGUGCUAAGACAAUGUUAUGAAUGAGGAAGGAAUAAUGCAGUAAUUCUUAAGACUCAGGGUUGGCAAGAGGUGGACAGUAAUUGCCAAAGUGGUGCCUCAAGUGAUGGCUUCAUUUGCCUUACCUCUGAUCAAAAUAUCAGCCGUGAAAUUUUAUUUGAAUGUAUAUAAAGUCUUUCCUGUGUCUUGUAUUCUACCAAGGACUGUUUGUUAAUAAAUGUCAUUGAGAUA